AUGAGUUCCCAACAGCAGAAGCAGCCCAGCACCCCUCCUCCCCCACCUCAACAGCAGCAGAUGAAACAGCCCUGCCAACCUCCACCCCAGGAACCAUUUGUUCCCAUUACUAAGGAGCCGUGCUACCCCCAGUAUCCCAAACCAGGCCAUCCCAUGAUUCCUGAGCCAGGUCACACCAACCUCCCUCAGCCUGGCCAAACCAACAUACCAGAACCAAGUCCCUCAACCAUUAUUCCAGGCUCAGGCCAGAAGACCAAACAGACCUGA